AUGGCCUCUCCGUUCCCCAAGGCGCCUGCAGAGUCGUCCACCCGGCGCAUCAAGGCCGGCAUCGAGCUCAAGGACUUCCGCGACGAGCAGGGAAUCACCCUGCCGAGCAAGGAUGCGUCCAACACGCUCAUCACGAGUGCGCUCCCCUACGUCAACAACGCGCCGCAUCUCGGCAACAUCAUCGGCUCGACCCUGUCGGCCGACGUCUUUGCGCGCUACUCGCGCCAGCGCAACCAGCGCACGCUCUACAUCUGCGGCACUGACGAGUACGGCACGACGACCGAGGUCAUGGCGGCCAAGGAGGGCGUGAGCCCGCAGGAGCUUUGCGACAAGUACCACAAGAUCCACGCCGACUCGUACGAGUGGUUCGAGAUCGGCUUUGACCACUUUGGCCGCACCUCGACGCCCAAGCAGACCGAGAUCUGCCAGGACAUCUUCCUCAAGCUGUACAACAACGGCUGGCUCGAGGAGCACGAGAACCAGCAGCUGUACUGCGAGAAGGACAAGCGCUUCCUCGCUGACCGAUACGUCGAGGGUACGUGCCCCAAGUGCCACUACGACGGCGCACGCGGCGACCAGUGCGAGUACUGCAGCGUCACGUACGAGUCGCCGCUCGAGCUCGUCAACCCGCGCUGCUCGGCGUGCGGCGCCCGACCCGACGCGCGCACGACGGCGCACCUGCACCUCAAGCUCGCCGAGCUGCAGCCCCAGAUCGAGGCCUUUGUCCAGCGCGCGUCGAGCGAGGGCACGUGGUCGGCCAACGGCAAGGCGUUCACCGACGGCUGGCUCCGCGGCGGGCUCCAGAGCCGCGGCAUGACGAGGGACCUCGAGUGGGGCGUGCGGUUGCCCAAGGAGCUCGGCGCCAAGUGGGAGAACAAGGUCAUGUACGUGUGGUUUGACGCGCCGAUAGGCUACCCGUCGAUCACGGCCAACUACACGGACGAGUGGAAGCAGUGGUGGCGCGACCCGGAGCACGUCAAGCUGUACCAGUUCAUGGGCAAGGACAACGUUCCCUUCCACACGGUGCUCUUCCCUGGUUACCUUCUCGGCUCGGGCGACAACUGGACGAUGCUCAACUCGAUCUCGACGACCGAGUACCUGCAGUACGAGGGCACCAAGUUCUCCAAGUCGAAGAACGUGGGCGUGUUCGGCAUCAACGCUCGCGAGUCGGGCGUGCCGGCGUCGGUGUGGCGGUACUACCUGCUCAUGAACCGGCCCGAGACGAACGACUCGGAGUUCACGUGGGACAACUUUGUCGCGCUCGCCAACGCCGAGCUGCUCAACAACCUCGGCAACUUUGUCAACCGCGUCGUCAAGUUUGCGGUCGCCAAGUUUGGCGGCGUCGUGCCCGACCCCAAGCACGGCGCGUACGACGCGUCGUCGGGCGCGUACCCGUUCGCGGCCGAGGACGAGGCGUUUGUCGGCGACGUGAACCGGCUCCUCGCGACGUACAACGACCAGCUGUCGCACCAAAAGUUGCGCGGCGGCCUCCAGACGCUCCUCGCCGUCACCGGGCGCGGCAACCAGUUCCUCCAGGACAACCGGCUCGACAACGCGCUCCUCGAGCACAACCCGGCACGGUGCGCCGAGGUGGUGCUCGUCGCGCUCAAUGUCAUCUACGUCGUCGCGGCCCUGACGCACCCGUACAUGCCGUCGACGAGCGACUCGAUCCUCGCCCAGCUCGACGCCGUGCCGCGCUCGAUCCCGGACGAGCUCGCGAUCGACCUCUUGCCCGGGCACCGGCUCGGCGAGCCAAAGCACCUCUUUGCGCGCAUCGACCCAAAGAACGUCGCGGUCUGGCGCGCCAAGUACGGCGGCGACGCGGCCAAGAAGGCGGUCGGUGCGGGCGACGCGGCGGCGACGGCCAACAAGCCGCUGUCGAGGAAGCAGCAGGACAAGCUCAAGAAGGAGGCCAAGAAGGCGGCCGACGCGGCGGCGGCGGCGCGCCCUCGGUCCGACGAGGAGCUCGCGCUCGAGGCGUUGAUCAAGAGCCAGGGGGACAAGAUCCGGCGGAUCAAGCAGGGCGGCGAGGCGCACGAGGGGGACCGGGCGGUCGAGGACGAGGUGGCGAGCCUCAAGGCGCUCAAGGAGGAGCUCGACGCGCUCACCAAGAGUCUCGCGGGCGUGUCGAUCUAGACUGGUCCCUCUCAGUGUAACUUGAGCAUUGUGAGCAUC